AAUUACUAUAAAUAGACAAGCAGGGACCCACUCUUUCUGUUCCUUCCCACGUGAUAUUCGACCCGACCCGACCCAAACCCAGACCCAUGUGGUUUCUAUUUUCAUUCUUUUUUUUACUAUAAAUAUGAAUUCGUGUAUACAAGUAUGUAUAUUUAUUUGAUGCAGAAUGUGUUAAUGGCGAGAUCGCGUUGGAAAUACCUUUCUUCUUCUCCUUUUCCUUCAUCAUUCUCCGCCUCCUAACCCUAAACCGCGGCCGCCGUCAUCAUCAGACGGAACCGACAUUGAAUACACCGAAUUAAUCAACCAGGGAAAUGGCUACAGAGGUGACAAAACUGUUGUAUAUAGUGGUAGUAGAUGAUGAUGAUGAUAAGGAGGAGAAGAAGAGAGAGCAAGGGAAAGACUCUUUCAGAUAUACACGUUCUGUUCUGCAAAGUACUCUUCAACUUAUGGGAUGUAAACCUCGACAUGCCUUUAAGAUAAGCAGAACAGUUUUUGACAAGAUGAGAAGUGAAUGCAUGGGCGCUAAGUUGGUUUCAGCAGAUAGAGCACAAUUGGGACAGAAUAACUCUAAAGGACUUCAUCCUAAAGAGUCCAGAACCGUUAUCGAUGCAUUUUUGGAUAAAGGGAACAAUCAAAGCGAGAGCAUACCAUUUGAGUUGUACAAAAGGCGCACGACGGUGAUUGUCAGGAGAGGAACUUUCCUGGAUGUUGUUUGCGAUGCUUUAACCGAAUACAAGUAUAUGGGGCCCAACCAGAGGGCUGACUUAAUUUUAGCUUGCAGGAUUCGAGAAAGAAAAGAAUCUGUAAUUGUGCUAUUGUGUGGUACUAGCGGCUGUGGCAAAUCUACCUUGUCUGCUUUGCUGGGAAGCAGGUUGGGUAUAACGACUGUGGUGUCCACCGACUCCAUUCGACAUAUGAUGAGGAGUUUUGUAGAUGAAAAGCAAAACCCUUUACUUUGGGCUUCAACAUACCAUGCUGGGGAACAUUUGGAUGCAGUAGCUGUUUCCGAAGCAAAAUCGAAGAAAAGGGCGAAGAAGUUAGCUGGAAUUUCAACCCCACCAAUACAAAAAGAAGGUGUAAAAUCUCCACUUGCGGGGAUUUCAAAUGCUGUUGAGUUGAUUAGUGCCAGAGAAAUGGCAGUUGAAGGAUUUAAGGCACAGAGUGAGAUGGUAAUUGAUAGUCUUGAUAGGCUAAUCACUGCAUGGGAAAACCGGAAUGAAUCAGUCGUUGUGGAGGGUGUUCAUUUGAGCCUUAAUUUUGUGAUGGGACUAAUGAAGAAGCACCCGUCAGUCAUACCUUUUAUGGUUUACAUUGCAAAUGAGGAAAAACAUUUAGAAAGGUUUGCAGUACGUGCGAAGUACAUGACUCUUGAUCCUGCUAAAAACAAGUAUGUCAAAUAUAUUCGGAACAUCCGGACAAUACAAGAAUAUCUCUGCAAUCGAGCUGACAAGCAUUUGGUGCCAAAGAUUAACAACACAAAUGUUGAUAAAAGUGUGGCUGCCAUUCAUGCCACUGUCUUCGGCUGCUUACGGAGGCGUGAGGCAGGAGAGCAACUGUAUGAUCCAAUCACAAAUACAGUUGCCGUCAUUGAUGAGGAAUACAGAAGCCAGUGUACUGCCAAUUGUGUGAGCUCUAAGGGGAUGUUUCAACUGAUUCAAAGAAAAGGUUCUUCUAGGCACUUGAUGGCUCUUCUGAAUAACGAUGGAUCAGUAGCAAAAGCUUGGCCAGUUUACACCUUGGGCAAUGAUGGCAAGCCUAUUGUGGAUCAUUCUGUUGCGAGUGGAAUAGGGACCCCUAUGUAUGGACCACUGCAGAUUGGCAAGGCGGAACCUAUUAAUCUGCAAUUUGGCCAUUUCGGGAUCAGUGCGUGGCCGAGUGAUGUUGGUGGUACCAGUCAUGCUAGCAGUGUUGAUGACUCGAGAGGUGAGCUAACAGACAAUGGCAGCAGGUACUAUUCCUCUUGCUGCAGCUCACCAAGGUUGCCUGAAGGACAUGCAAAGGAGCUCAAAGAAGAACAAUCAGUGCAUGGUAGCGAUGAUGAAGUGGUUGAUGAAUCACUUGAAAGAGACAGUGACGAGGAUCUUACUGAUGAUGGUCCCAAACUAGUUGAUGAGGAGGAGGAAGGCUCAGUGGAUGAGGAAUCUACGAAAUCAGAUGAGGAGUAUGAUGAUCUUGCCUUGCUAGAUAUUCAAGAAGAUGGUUAUAUGACCGAUAUUAAUGAAGAGAUACUCAAUAAGUCGGAGUUUAGUAACAAGGUCGUACCUGUUUCAGGGGACGAGCUAACUGAAGGUUUGGAGACGUAUAGGAAGAGCAUCGACCAAUCAUUCAGAAGUAAGAGUGCUGUAAUUUUGGAGCCACCACUGGGGAGCUACGCUUCUUUUCUCAAAGAGAAGAACGAGAAGAGAGUCCCAACUUCUGGCAACAUUCGAGUAAAGAAACGUUCUAACAGCAGCAUUCCAACCUUGGGAAAGCAUGGAGCACUGAUUAAUGGCUCCCCGGAAGGAAUGUCUAGGUAACAUCAUAGGUUUAUUGUGUUGUUUUCUCUCUCGCACUUGAUGCAGUUGAAGCAUCGCUUCUUGCAUCCCGUGAGACCUUAAUUCCUUGUUUCGUAUUUGACUUUGCCUAGCAACUGUGUCUUUGUUUUUUUAGCUUUGGUUAAACUACCCGAAAGAGGUAUUACCUCUGUGUAUAGAAAGUGCAUCUGCAUAAAUUAUGCCAGAGGGAAUGCCUGUUUUAUUGUGUGUCAUUGUGCAUUGUGCACUAAUUAGUAGAUUUCCAAGCUUACUGUA